CAAAAGAAAGGAACAAUGAACAAAGGUAAGAUGAAAAGAUCAAACGUCGAACUGAAAAUUUUAUUUGAAAGUAAUAGUAUGAAUUAACUUUAAAUUUUUCCUCAGGUUGGUUUGCUGUCCUCAUGUUGGUUUACAUGGAGCUUUCCAUGAGGGCCGGCACUGCCCCGAUCUGCCCCUAUGGACAGGCUGGAUGUCACGUCCCUACCCUGGCAGAUCUCUUUGACAGGGUCAUACAGCAGUCUUCAAGAAUGCACGGCAUCUCCAGCGAUCUGCACUCGCAAUUCGAGCAAUAUUUCCUUCCCAGCAAGAAUCUCAUCGGAAAACGGAAAUGCCACACGUACGGCAUACUGACACCAGAUGACAAAGAGAAUGCCCAAAGACUUGGCCGAGAACAACUGACGGAGGUGAUCCUGAGGCUGCUGGGGGCCUGGGGGGACCCCCUGUCACAGUUCUACCAGAGCAUGUCCCGGGAUCAGAAUCAAGACUUCAACCACUACAGCUCCAACAAGGCAAUGGAGAUCAGUGACAUGGUGCACGAGCUGCGGGAUGGAGUGGCAAAGAUGGCGGAAAAGAUGAAGCUGUCGGGAGUGCUUGAUAACACUGUGAGCUACGUCUCUCCGGAGAGUUUUGUCCCUUUUUCUACCGUUUCCUACUACAAACGAGGAGAACUCAACCCAAUGGACCACCAUGACCUGCUCCACUGCUUCCGCAGAGACUCCAACAAGGUCAAAAAUUAUCUCCGUAUACUGAAAUGCACCACCCUUCCUGGACUGGACUGUUAAUAGUCAUAGUGUAUCUUCAGUUUUUAACUAACUAGCAAACAGCGUUUUCUCUUUUUUUUUUUUUAACUACACAUCAUGCUUUUACUGUAUGUGUUUAUGUCCUUUGUAAUGCAUUUGC